GGCACGGCGGCGCUCCGAACGCGCGGCUUUGCUUCCCGUGCGGGAGGAUCCCGUCCGCUCCCCGCGCCGUGACGGCCGCCCCGCAGCGGUACCCGCACGAUGGGCGCCCCGCGCCGCUGUUGGCUGCGGCCGCUGCUCGCCGCCUGCCUGGCCGCCCGCCUGGCCGCGCUGCCCGCCGCCUGCCCCCGCCUCUGCGCCUGCUACGGCCCCGCCGAGGUGCACUGCACCUUCCGCUACUUCACCGCCGUCCCUCCGCGCAUCGCUCCGGACGUGGAGCGCAUCAACCUGGGGUACAACAGCUUGCUCACACUGACUGACACGGACUUUGCCGGCCUGGAGAAACUGGAGUUACUGAUGCUGCACAGCAAUGAGAUAAACGCAAUCCCUGAGAAGGUGUUCAGGGAUUUACGUUCACUACAGGUCUUAAAGAUGAGCUACAACAAGGUCAGUGUUCUUCAGCAAGAUGCCUUCUAUGGUCUGAAGAGCUUGGUCCGGUUGCACAUGGACCACAAUGAAAUUAAAUUUGUAAAUCCCAACGUUUUCUAUGGCCUCACAUCACUGAGGUUGGUCCACUUGGAAGGAAAUCUCCUGAAGCAGCUCCAUCCGGACACUUUUGUCACCUUGAGCUACCUCCAAAUAUUUAAAGUAUCCUCCAUAAAGCACGUACACCUGUCUGACAACACGUUGACCUCGCUACCACGAGAAAUGUUUUCCUACAUGUCUGAGCUGGAGAGCAUUUACCUCCAUGGGAACCCAUGGGCCUGCGACUGCGAUCUGCAGUGGUUUGCAGAAUGGGCAGAACAGAGGCCAGAUGUCAUAAAGUGCAAAAAAGACCGAAGUUCUGGUGCUCAGCAAUGCCCAGUCUGUGCCAGCCCCAGGAACUGCAAAGGGAAGAACUUUGUGGGUAUUCCUCCUGCAGCUCUGACCUGCACUAAGCCAGUCAUACAUCACACCCUGAAACUCAAAAACCUCACAGUGCCAGAGGAUGGGGAUUUCAGCUCUGUAUCUCCCAAGGACUUCCUAGCUCCCAUAGGAUCUGUGGUUUUGAACAUGACUGACCAAGGAGGAAAUCGAGGUAACUUGGUUUGCAACGUUCAGAAACCAAAAGAAAUGUCUCCCAUCUCAUUUGACAAAGAGGACAACGUCACAGUCCUCAGAACAUCAUUCUCAUCAUUUCUCGUGUGCGACAUCGCCUACGGACACAUUCAGCAGCUGUGGAGCAUACUGGCCCUGUACAGUAAUUCUCCCCUCAAACUCGACAGGAGUGCCGUCGCAGCUGAAACACCUUUCAUCACUUACCAAUAUAAGCAAAACUACUCUGAAAAAGAUGAACUUUUUACCAAGGUGGAGGCUGAACUCAGAGCUGAACCAUCGUGGUUAAUGCAAAACAAAGUGGCACUGCAGCUUGACAGGACAGCAACCACACUUAGCACGCUGCACAUCCAGUACUUCACUGAUGCUGAGAUAGUUUUGCCCACUGUUGACCAAAAGAAAGUGGGAAAGAACUGGACAGUGAUCUCCAGGGACAACAAAACACAAACAGAACACACUGUUCCAGUCGGGAGAACUGCACAACUGGACUGCCAAGCAAUCGGGCAGCCAGCUCCUGCCAUAGAGUGGAUAUUGGCUGAUGGGAGCAAAGUCAGAGCCCCUUAUGUCAGUGAGGACGGCAGAAUUGUAGUAGCAAAAUCCGGGACAUUCACGUUACGAACAGCUGAUACGUUUGACUCUGGGCUCUAUCACUGCAUCGGCACAAAUGGUCACGAUGCAGAUGUCCUCACGUUUAGAAUCACUGUGGUUGAUCCUUACGUGGAACACAGCAGUGUAAAUGGGGCCCAAUUUUCCACAGCGGUUGGCAGCAUUCUGGACCUUCCCUGUACCUCUGCCGCUGUUCCAGAUGCUGCCAUUAGUUGGGUGUUACCUGAGAGAGUGGUUCUUCACCACUCCGUAAGAAACAAACAGAUUUUUGGCAACGGUACCUUAAGAAUACAGGGGGUAACAGAGCGAGACAACGGCUACUUUAGAUGUGUUGCAGCCAACCAGUACGGUGUUGAUCUUUUGAUUUUCCAAGUGCUGGUUAGAGAGGGCAAAAGCACCCCACAGAAAGCACCCGUGGCUGCGGGAGAGUGGGAAGAGAGCGAUGGCUCUGGUGAUGCAGCGCUGCCCUCAGGUAGAGGAAGGCAGAAUUCCUCAGCUGCCCUGCUGAGCUGGAUGGGUCGGGAGCCCAGUGCCCCAGCACACAGACAGCAGGGCACGCACAGCACCCGCACUGGCAGCGGCCCCAGGAGGAUGACGAGCCGUCAGCACAGGGACAAAGCUGGCAGGAGGCUCAGGGGGCAUCGAAGGCGCUUUGGCUCCUCAGCCAAGAGAGCCAACCCCCAGCGCUGGGCGGCCUUUCUGGAAAAAGCAAAGAGGAACCCACCCGGGACAGAAAAACAAGAAGUGGAGACAACCCCACCUGUUCAGGUCCAUGAGUUCUCAACGGUGCCUGCGGAUGAGGAGGAAACGUCUGGUGCUGCCAUCUCCCCAGAACAAGAGUUCAUGAUAGUGGUAACAGAGGGGGCCACCAUGUCUUCCCUGGGGAGCACAGCUGGUAGCACAGCCCCUGCAGGGGCCGGGACCCCCCCACCCGCUCCCUUCCCACAGCCCAGCCCAUCCGUCAGCCCCACACCAGCAGAUCUAAACCCUAUGACCACCACCUCAGACUCAUGGGAAAGACCCAAUUUAAGCCAAACAUCAGCAAGCGGUGGGAAGCAAUCGAUGGCAACAGAGGGAGCAAGCAGAACAUCCGUGCUCAUCAGUGCUCAGCAAAGAUCAGCACCUCCUGGAGAACAUAACAGUCUAUAUUUAAAGGCUGUAUCUGCGACAACCACGGGGAAUAUUACAAACAGCAGCACACCUGCAACUUCCCAAAAUGCAGUGGGUGAAAUGCAUGGUUUUACAGAGUUUACUGAUAAGAUUUCCACCAAAACAGAUGGUCAGGCAUCUGCAGCAACAAUCAGCAAGCCAAACUCUGAGUUUGGUCACAUUCACUUCCACAGUGCUCAGAAACCUGUAACUCCUGCACUACCACUGGGCCCAAACAUCGUUACUCAUCAGCACGCUCAAAUCAUUCAGGAUGUGACAACCCACACACCUCAGGCCCGGCAACAACAUGGGAGAAGGAGGAAAGUUUCUGCUAGGAGAAAAAUGGUCAGGCCAGGACGUCUUCUGAGUAUGAAAGAGCACAGGCGCAAUUCAGGGAAGCAAGGCUCUGCCGGAGGGAGAACAGCUAUUGCUCCAGCUGUCCUGCUGAGUUCAACACACAGCCCUAACGUGCCCACCUUCAACAACUCACACAGCAGCAUCAACCCGCUCAGCCCAGAAGCGCCUCUGUCCUCCCCCUCUACUACAGAUAUGUCCUCAGAGCACUCAGAAGGCACAGCUCGGAGCACAGCAUUCCUCAUGGAAGAGGACAGUGCACCCACUGCAAGGCAAGGAGCCACUUCCACCGCACUGCCUGUAGUUACUCAAAGCACCGGAGAUGCUGCCCAGAAGGAAGCAGAGAGCAGAGCUCCGUGUCACAGCAGCACUUACAAAGCACAGCCUGUUAGCAGCAGGCUGCCAACGUCUGCAACCCGCACAGCUCACACCGCAGAAAUCACACACAUGAUGAGCACAAGGACUGCUUCUGCUCCCCCAACAGUCUUCUCCAGAUCCUCAUCCAAAAACUCCCAGGGAGGAAAAAUUAUAAGAGCACUUCUCUUUGGAAAUGGCACACAAAAGGAAGUGCCGAGGACAGGUGCACUUCCACCAACAGAGUUAUCAGUCUUGCUUCCUGAAAUUACAGCAGUGGCAUCGAGACCCCACGUCUCUCCUUUGCCCUUCACACCCAUCUCAGUGGACAUCGAUCCCGUCCCAUCUUUAGGCAAACCCGCUGACAGCAGCAGUACGUCAGAGAAGCCCCCUGACUGCAGCCCUGCAAUGAGCACAGCUGGAGGAACCGGCAGAGAGAGCGCAAAGCCAACAACUACAGCUUCUGUGGCUCCUCAAAAAGCGUUCAGAACAGGAAGAAGGAGAGGUCAGAGGAGGAGGCGGCCCCCUAAAACAGCUCCUUCUCAAAGCCCAACCACAGGCGCCCGCACUACAGCAGACGCAGCCUCAGCCACCACAGCCGCAGCCAGCCCGCCCGCUGCGCCCACCAGGCACGCGCCUGCAGCAGCGGGGUCUGACAGCCCACCCGCAGGCUGGGUCCCAGCUCUAUGGGCUCUGCCCCCACCAGGCACAGCACAGCACGGACCCACGACAGCGCCGCAGACAGCAGCAGCCCCCAGCAUGGUGGUGAGCAACCCUCCCGCGUCACUGCUGCCCCACAGCCCUCGGCCACAAACCCCCACUGCAACAGCCUCAACCCCCCCGCUGCCCUCAGAGCCUCUGGGUGCCAAGCGAGUGCAUCCUGCUGCAGUCAGUGCCGCAGCGCGCUCAGAAUCUGCUCAGCACCUCAAAGCUUCCACCCCAGCAGCUGAGCGGCCGCACCUGUGGACAGACAAGGAGGCCGCUCGAGGCAGCCCCGUGGCACGGCCCCUGGACCUGGGCAGCACCGAGCUGAGCAGCAGAGCUCUGGGCACCAUGGCUCUAAGAGAGCAGCGUCCCACCUCAGCACCGUCCAUGGGGGGAAUCGGUGCUGGGCUGCCACCUACAGAAAGGGGAGGCAAAACCUCAACAGUUAACACGCCGACUGUGUCGACACCAUGGCAGGUGGCUGCUCCACAUGCAUACCUGUGGGGCAGCUCUGCCGACGGCUGGUCUGACCAGAGACAGCAUCACAAAUCCACCACCAGCAUCCCUCUGUCCUUGUUCUCUUUAAGCGGAAACUAUUUCACAAAGCCCAGAAUAAUUGGAGGAAAAUUAGCUGCCUUCACUGUGCUGGCCAACUCAGAUGCUUUCAUUCCGUGUGAAGCUACGGGCAACCCCCAGCCAACAGUAGAAUGGACCAAGAUCUCCCCAGAGACCGAUGCCCCAGCGAGUGGCAGCAGGUGGUCGGUGCUGCCCAACGGCACGCUCGCCAUCGUGCGGGCAGCCCUGCAGGACGGCGGGCAGUACUGCUGCACCGCCACCAACGCUCUGGGCACAGCACGGCUCCUGGCCACGCUGGCGGUGGUGGCCUACCCGCCCCGCAUCGCCGGCGGCACGCGGCUCCUCACUGCCCACGCCGGGACGCCCGUGGCCAUGAGGUGCCCGGCCGAGGGCAGACCUCCUCCCUCCAUCUCGUGGGUUCUGGCCAACGAAACGCACGUUUCCAGCUCUUCCCAGGGAAAUCAGAAAGUUCUCGUGCAGCCGGAUGGCACCUUAAUGAUCAAGGAUGUCACGGUUUACGACAGGGGCCUCUACACAUGCACGGCCACAAACCCAGCAGGCGCUGACACGCUGACUGUGAAGCUGCAGGUCAUCGCAGCACCUCCCGUCAUCGUGGAGGAGAAGAGACAGCAGAUCACAGCUAUGGCGGGGCGAGACCUGAGCCUUCCUUGCACCGCAGAAGGGAAUCCUCAGCCCCGCGUCCACUGGGUCCUCCCCGAAGGGACGGUGGUGAAGCCCCUGCAGUUUGUGGACACCGGGGUGCUGCUGCUUCCCAACGGCACCCUGCGGCUCAGCAGCAUCGCACCCACCGACAGCGGGAACUACGAGUGCAUCGCCACGAGCUCCACGGGCUCGGAGCGCAGGGUGGUGACCCUCACUGUGCGGCACCGGGACACGCUGCCAAGGAUAGCUGCCGCCUCCCAGGGCAUGACCCAGCUCAGCUUUGGGGACAAACUGCUGCUGAACUGCACGGCCACAGGGGAGCCCCGGCCCAGGAUAAUCUGGAGGCUGCCAUCCAAGGCGGUCGUAGACCAGUGGCACAGAAUGGGAAGUCGAAUCCACGUGUAUCCCAAUGGAUCCCUGGUUAUCGAGGCAGUUACUGAAAAGGAUGCGGGGGACUAUUUGUGUGUCGCAAGGAACAAAAUUGGAGAUGAUCUGAUACUGAUGAAAGUCAGCAUCACAAUGAAACCAGCCAAGAUUGACCAGAAACAGUAUUUCAAGAAACUGGUGCCCUACGGAAAAGAUUUCCAGGUGGACUGCAAGGCCUCCGGGUCACCUGCACCAGAAAUAUCCUGGAGUUUGCCGGAUGGGACAGUGAUCAACAACGCGAUGCUGGCAGACGACAGCGGACACAGGUCUGGCAGAUACGUCCUCUUUGACAACGGAACGCUGUAUCUCAACAGAGCUGGAGCAACAGAGGAGGGAGAUUACACCUGCUACGCUCAGAACACUCUGGGGAGAGAUGAAAUGAAAAUACACAUCACAGUCGUCACGGCAGCCCCUCGCAUAAAGCACAGUCACAAGACGUACAUUAAAGUGAAAGCCGGGGAUACGGCGCUGUUGGACUGUGAAGCUGCUGGGGAGCCUAAGCCAAAAAUAUUCUGGUUGCUGCCUUCCAGUGACAUGAUCUCCUCUUCCACAGACAGGCACCUGCUGCACACUAAUGGCUCCCUGUCAGUCCGCCGAGCCAAGCUGCUGGAUGCUGGGGAGUACAUGUGUGUUGCUCGUAACGCCGGAGGGGAUGAUACAAAAUUGUAUAAACUGGAUGUUGUUGCGAAACCACCUAUCAUAAAUGGCUUAUACACAAACAAAACGAUCAUUAAAGUGACUGCAGUGAGGCACUCGAAGAAACAAAUCGACUGCAGGGCAGAAGGGACGCCUCCCCCCCAGAUCAUGUGGAUCAUGCCCGAUAACAUUUUCCUGACAGCUCCGUACUACGGCAGCAGGAUUGUGGUGCACAAAAACGGAACGCUCGAAAUCCGGAACCUAAGGCCUUCUGACACAGCAGAUUUUAUCUGCGUGGCACGGAACGACUGGGGAGAGAGCAUGCUGGUGGUGCGGCUGGAGGUACUGGAAAUGCUGAGGCGACCCAUGUUUAAAAAUCCAUUCAAUGAAAAAAUAAUAGCAAAACCUGGGAAAACAAUCACACUGAACUGCUCUGUGGAUGGAAACCCUCCACCUGAAGUAAGCUGGAUGCUGCCCAAUGGCACGUGGUUCUCCAAGGGGACCAGGAUGUCCGAGUUCCUCCCAGGAAGCCAUGGAACCCUUACCAUCCGCAACCCCAGCAGGGACAAAGCCGGGAAGUAUCGCUGUGCAGCUAAGAACCAAGUCGGCUACAUCGAAAAGCUGAUCGUCCUGGAAGUUGCUCAGAAGCCCACCAUCCUCGUUUACCCCCAGGGGCCAAUGAGGGGCAUCAGCGGGGAAUCGUUGUCGCUUCACUGCCUGUCCGACGGCAGCCCCAAACCCAGCACGGCGUGGACUCUUCCAGGUGGCCACGUGCUGGACCGACCUCAGAUCAACAGCAGACACAUCCUGCUGGAAAAUGGCACGCUGGUGAUACGAGCAGCUACCAUUCACGACAGGGGGAAUUACGUGUGCAAGGCCCACAACCCCGCCGGAGAUCUGUCUGUAACCGUGCCUGUCACCAUUGUAGCCUAUCCUCCGAGGAUUACAAACAGACCCCCGCAGACCAUAAGUACCAUGCCUGGUGCGGCAGUUCAGCUCAGCUGCAUGGCGCUGGGAAUACCAAAGCCAGAAAUCACAUGGGAAUUACCUGACCGCUCCGUUCUCUCUCCAGGUAACCGCGGCCGAGCACCUGGCAGUGAACUGCUGCAUCCCCAGGGGACGCUGAUCAUCCAGAACCCCCGGCCGUCAGACUCUGGAACGUACAAGUGCACAGCAAAGAACCAUCUUGGCAGUGAUUUCACAGUCACAUACAUUCAUGUCAUUUGAAAUAAGAAAUACAGAAUGAGUGAUUGGUAGCAAAGUAUACAGCUGGACUGAGUUCAUUCUUGGAAUAAGUUUAAUCGAAGGCAGCCGAAGGCACAUAAGUGCCUAAAUACAUUUACAGGAUUCACUCUGCAAUGAGCACACCAAAAAGAAAAAGGAAAUUAGAUCUAGCAUUGCCAUCCAGCAUUGAUUCAGUGAUCGAAGGGACCUAAAUAAAACUGAACUUGAGGCACUUUUGCCCUGCCAGCAAACUUGGAAUACUGAACAAUAUUACUUUCUAGAAAUGUACCUAGAGAACUUCCGUACAGGACUGAUGUUUUUAAACUAGAUUAAUAAUGUUCACCUUGUGUGGCAUGGAUCAGAAAGGAAGAAUGUCCAAGGACCAAAGAACAGAUUUUACCGUGCUGCAGAUUACUUUCUUAACAUGAUAGAUUAUUUGGUACAUUUUUAUAAAAUAAACAUUCCCUGGUGAAACAAGCAGUGAAGACUGAUUCACGGUCUUCUGUGCAGAACGUUGGGAGGAUGCAUUCAGAAGAAUUUGGGCUUUAGUCCAGGUUGGCAUCAUUUUCCAAUUAUCACAAAAUUUCUUUUAAAGAUUUCUCACUUAGAAAACAAUUACGUCAGCCUGCACGUCAACUGAGAAUUUUGCUUUCUCAAUGCACUGGGUAGGUCUAAGGAGAGACCUUUUGCCUUCAGAACAGAGGGAAAUGGACACACAUGCAUUCUGCGCAACCAAACGGUGAACUGGACUGGUCAAAUAACUAUCAAUCAGUAACUCCAGCUCUGAGUGUCUCACUCACGCUCUUCCUAGGAGCGUUAACACCAGGACUGAAGGGCCAGAAGAGCCUUUCCCCCUGAACUCACCAACUGCGGACUCACGUGUGCCAUGGAGGGGACCACGCUGCCCUGCAGCAGCUGUAGAGCAGAGCAGGGACUGCUGUUGGUGAAAGCACUCCCUUCUCAUUACAGGAAACCUAACAGACACAUGGAGAGCUCAGGGUCACCAUCCCCCACCUCACCAAGACUAGCUCUUCACAUCCUUUAAAAUAACAACAGAGAAGUUCAAGAAGUGUAACGUACCUCUUCUGGGAUAAAACAGCCAUCGCUCAUAGGACAGCCUGCAGUGAAACUCCUCAGUGCUACGCAGCAUCCGAACCUCCCACAACAAAUCCCUCAGCAGCGGCUGAUGAACACACAAAGUUCUCAUGAGUGAGAAAGUGCCAACAGCUACAUGCAGAUUCUGUCCUCUCAUUUAACCACGUUAUGAUCGAGCUGGAGAUUUUACUUAUUUGUUCAUUUAAGAGUUCAUACUCAGCUGGGGCAGCCUUUGUGCUGGCAUGACCGUUUCUGAACAUCAGCUGCACGUGGUCUGCUGUGUGCUUCCUUCCACACAGGCUGGGUUACACCAAUCUCAUCUGUCAGCAUCUGUGACAACUUUAUCUGCUAUGAAGAACAGUACACUUCCACUGGGGAUAAGAAAAUCCAUGUAAAAACAAACAAACAAACAAACAACCCAAAAAAACAACUGAAAUAAUUUUUAUGUAAGUUAGACUUAUCUGAUCACUUUAAAAGACAAUCAGAAUCUACACGUUAACUGCUUUAUAUGAUUAAAUCUUGUAAGUGGGAUAACAUAAGGCAAAUAUAACAGCUUACAGCUUGAACAACUCCUGCUGUUGUAGACAAUACCAAAGUUACGAUUAGCACAAAGUUCUUAACUUGCUGGCCAACCCAGAAACAUGAAGGAGAGCAUCAUGGUAUUAUUUAUAGAGCUUCUGCGCAGAGCUCAUUUCUGCAGUUAAUCUUGAUUCACACAGAACCAACAUUACACCACUGAAGCUCGGCCAGAAAUGAAGCAUCCAACCCAGACUUUUGAGCGGUUACCACACCAAGUCAGUAAAAAGGUCGCACCGAUAAGAGGCACAGCAGGGCAGGGGCACGCAGUGCGGGCAGCCCCAGAAGUGGCAGAAAGGACUUUUUCAGCCCCCCUUUGUGAAACCCAGGGUGGGAUUUCCUCACUGAACCACCCAGAGCCAAACAGACCUGCCUUCCUGCCGGCCCACAGCCCUGCCCAGCCCUCAGCGCUCCUCCAAGGAUCACCAAGGGCCGGGACGUUACAAAGACCACAUAUGAAGAAAUGCUGCUACUUUCAGUUGGUUUAUUAACAUUACAUUGUGGCUUUUAAUAUAAACUUUAAGAAGUUCUAAUACAAGCAGUAAACCCACUUCAGCACCUUCUUACCACAAUGAGAGCGAGAGAGAGUUGUUACUUUAAACAAAGAACUUUAUAAAGUGCGUAUGAAAACUACAGUCAAAUAAACACAAUUCAAAUCAACGCUCGUUCUACCAUCAAACAAAGAGGUGAACAUCUUAAUGAACAAAUCAACUGUUAUGCCAAGGUCAGGAGUGCCUUUCAAUUCAGCAGUUUGGUCCAGUGCAGUUCUUAAAAAAAUAAAUAGUAACAACGACAGAAUGUUUCCCACGGAUAAACAAACAAACCCAACAUUCUCUGUCCUCUUUAAAAGGAACGGGACCUAAAAAGCACCAAAUUCAUAAAAUCUGCAAUAACAUUCUUCAGAUAGGUCCACAAGUCCUUACAUUUAAAUCUAAUUAAAAGCAAAGAAAUUCGAACCCCUGCGAGAACCACCUCGUUACACACUCACAUCAACUGCAGCACGAAAAAUAAUUACCAAAAUAAUAAGAGAAGGAAAUGAAGGUUUCCUUUCUAGCAAUAAGUAGUGCAUUGGAUUUCGAAUGUUCUGUUCUGCAGUGCAAACGGAACGUUCCGCCUCCUUCCCACCUUUGGGCUCAGAAGUGUGAAGGAUGCCCAUACUGGUUCACUCCCUGCGGUUGGUUACCUGGUGACGAAGCAAAGAACGAGCUGCACAGAACGCAGCGCACCGUGUUUCAGCAGCAGCGCGCCGUCGGUCGCUGCCACACAGCAGUGAGGCGAGCGGUGGGGCAGCAGUGCGGGCAGGCGGCCCCUGCCUCGGCCCUCCAGGACCCACAGAGCCCCAGCUGCGCCGGCUGCAGCGCCGCACUGUGACACGGCUGCCGGGUGCAGGGCCUGCUGCCAGCCACCGACAGCUCCCACGUUAGUGGGACACUACUGCACAUCCCCCCACAGACGGACGGACAGACACGGCUGCACUCACUGGAGAGCUGCUUCUGCAGCUGCCGGACCAGCGCCGCCGUCUGCUGCUGCUGCUGCGUCUGCUGCAGGCCCUGCCUCGGGAACUGCUGCGGAAAGACAGGUGGCAGAAAUCACAGCAUGAGCGCACGCUGGUAGCGCAGAAAGCAACGCUCCCAUCCCAGCUGAGCCCACCAUUGGCUGCUGCAGCACAGGUCUCCCAGGGACGGCUCCGGGCCCUGAGCCCAGCAGACAGUGUGACCGGAGAGCGGCCGGCAGAGCGGGGAAGGAUGGCGAGAGGCAGAGCUGCCCAGCAGCAGGUCCUGAGCACGUGUUCACAGCGGAGCGAGGACACAGGAAACACGCUCAGAACCCCCAGGACAUGUUUUCUUCAUGCCAUUUCACAUGUCUCCAAUGCUACUACAGGUGUCAUAGUGUGUGCUGCUGGUCUCCCCACCCUUUCCACCCCUGCAGAGCCCGGUGUUAUCCUGCACAUUGCUUUCAGCAACUUUGCUCUCUGUCUUGCUCAGAGCCACGGAUAACCAGAACUGCUCAUCAAAACUAAUGUCCUUUUGGCAGCUGUAAACACCCUUGUGUAGCUCAAGAAACUUCUAGGAAGAUGUUUCUCUCAGGACAGUGGCACUUCAAAUGACAUGAAGGAUAAGCACAAAGAAGAGCUGUUCACGUGCUGCAGGGCUGUGGCUGCUGGUUCCACUGUGGUGGAGAAUGCUCAGCAUGUGCCAUUAGCAAACCUCACUCUGAUCUGAGCACAGCCCAUGGGAGCAAGGCAACCCUCCCACAGCACACUGUUAUGUGUGACAGAAUCAAACACUGAGAGCUUCCAAAGAAAUCUGCUGCUAAUGAACUAAAUCGUGCCUUCAAUCCUUUCGAAAGCACCCUUUGGUGUAAAUUCAUGGACUUCCACAAAUUCGUACGCUAUCUAUACUGCAUCAAAGCAGAAUUCAGUCUCUAACUGGUACACUUGACAGCACGUGUUAUUCCCUAGCUGAACAGCCCAUGCAAUGUAUUUCUCUGCGACACCAGGCAGGAGAACAAGCACUGUUCUGUUUUCGGCUCUUCUACCCAUCAGCCAGAAGAAAAUCACUAUUAAUAACUUAAUAGGUCAGCUACCUGUAGGUCAGACUCACAGAAUCAUUGAGGUUCAAAGACCUCCAGGAUCAUCAAAUCCAACUGCCGACCCAUCACUGAAGUACAUAUCUGUCCAGUCAAGCUGCUAAAUCACAACUGAUAAAUUUGGGCGGUCAGACCAUCUGAAGCAAUGGUGCUGCUAGGAUGGGUUCCUCUGGAGUCAGAAAUGGUGCACAGCAGAGGUGUUUCCUCCCUCUGGAAGCACAGAUAUCCCCUGCAUGAAGUGAAACCUGUGUGACAACUGCCUGGGGCUGCCGAGCACAGAAAGCUGAUGGCACAGCUCUGACACCUUCCUGCUCCUGAGGGACCGUGAUGCACGAGGGACUGCUGUGCUGGCUGCUGAAGUCAAAACUGUCACCACUUACUGAACUACCUAUUUACUGCAGGGCCUUGGAGCUCCCUUGGUCUGUUUUCAAAAUCCGACUGCUUUUCUUCUCGUUAGAUCUGAUGAAAGGACACGUGCUUCUACUUACGUGCUUUUUUUUCUUUUACAUACAGCAUCCACAGUCUCUGCUUAACAACACACCACCCAGCCUCACGUGCUGCCUGAAGUGCAGCGCAGUGACACUCGGUGGCAGCACACACUGCGCAGAUCCGCUGUUUCUCUCAGUGAAACCCUGGCUAACCAAAGGGACUUCCAGGGCUUUAGGAAGACUUCAGCUUUUUUUUCUCUUUCUGAAAACCAAUCCUUUACUUAAAAUACAUUGUGUAAUCCUC